CCAUCCGUGGACCGCUUUCCGUCGUUGUCACUCUCCUCUGCGCACUGAACCUCCGGAUUUCGCCUUCUCUGAACGUGACCUGUUUUGCUUAGCGUAGUGAACAUCGAGCAUUGCUGUCGAUUGCCCUCUGGCCCUGCCUUCGAUCUCGUCCGCGGACUGUGUGAAUCCCUCAAAUAGCCAAAACAACAUGAAUGUGUCAUUGAACCACGACGCUUGCCGAUGUGUCAUGUCGUGUGAAGGAGGGCAACGCGAAUGUCUUCAUGAGCCAGUGGCAAAGAGGAGAGCUCCCCCCCAUAAAAGGCCAUCCUCCCAGGCCUUCUCGUAAACUCUAAGCACGACGGCCAUCUCCUUUGUAGUCCACUUGAGCAAACCCAGGGUCAGACACGAAGAUUGAUAUAGCAGACCACCAGUCCACUAGUCCACCAGUCGAUCGGGUUUCCAAGCCUCCAAGAUGACUUCCACUUCCUCAAGAGUAGGCUUGCCGGCACCCUCAAUACCGCCAGCAAAUCUCCAAGUUCAAACCGACACAUCCACUCAGACCGACGAUGGAAACAUGGAGUCCGCCGAUUCCAGCUUCCAAAGGUCAUCAGCCCCAUCCCCAUCCCCAACUCUGUCAAGCCUACCUCCCGCUUCAUUCCCCACCCCCACAACCACCAGCCCCGUUGUCCGUUCGGAUUUGGAGCCCAGUCCAUCCAUCUAUUCCCCUCGCCCCGAGCCUCUGACAAGCUCGGCAGAUGCAACGCGUAGUAGCUCUCCCAUUGGCGUCGGUCCGACUAGACCGGGAUCGCCAGCACGUUUAGUGCCCGAAGACGAGCCCUUGAUUCCAGAGGCGCCCAGCUCGCCUGUUUUGGCACACUCGGUUCCUGUCCCGGUCCCGGUGGGUGCGAUGGUGAAUGUACCCAACGUGGACCCACACCCAGAUCCAGACCCAGAGCCAGAGCCAGAUCAAACCUCCGAAACCACAGCGGCAACCACAACCACGCAUACACUCACUCAUCCCACCGCUGCUACCACCGCCACCACCGCCGAGACAGAAGACCCAGUUGCAUCAAUCCCCUCCCCUACCCUCUCACCCAACCCACGACCACAAGUGCAAACACAGCUGGACACAGACAUAGACACAGACAUGUAUAUAAUCAACCCCAACACUCCAAACCCAAUCCCCAACUUCCCCAACCACACAACCAUCGGCUCCCUCCCCAACUACGGGCACUUCCCCCCCUACGGCCGCGGCGUCUUCUUCCCCGACAGCGACCUACAGGGGUACACCCUCACAGAAGAGGGCGAGGGAUACUGGCCGCCUUAUGGCCAUGUGAUUAUUAGUGUUAGGGUGGGGAGUUGGGUUUAUAGGUAUAUUUCUCGUCUGCCCGCGCUGCCCGCUGUCACUUCGGACGAGAAUAACGCGAGCACCAGGGAGAGCCCGGACGGAGAGUGAGCCCUGAGACGCCACUGGCGAGGCAACGGAGGGGGGAAGGAGAUGGAGGACGGAAGUUGAGGGU